UGGUGUGAAAGGGGGCAGUGGGAUGGCUGGGACAGAGAACAGUGCCACCGAAGCUUCAGAGAAAGAACCUGCAGACUUCAUGAGCUCAGGGGCCCAAAAAAAACAAAUCAAAACUGAUGGAUGAAGGGAAUCAACUGAUGACGAAGAGCGAGACAAUGUGAUGCUGUUAGAGUUCAGAGAGUGCUGGAAAAUUUCAUCACAGGAUUUAUGAAACUGAGGAGGAAGAGAGGGAAGUACAUAAAAGAUAAACCACACCAACUCGCUGUCUCUCCUCAUUCAGUCAUCAGUCACUGCAGAAGGGAAAAAAUGGACCUGCCACUGACCCUUGAUGUGCUCCUACUUCUCUCUUCCCUCAAUGCUGUUGUUUGGGCUUGUCCGGAUGGAUGCCAUUGUCAAGGCACCAAAGUCAUCUGCAGUGGCCUCUCUGACUUCCCCAGAUCUGUGCCCCCAUCUACAACCGCCCUCUACUUCUCCAACUGCCGUAUCGAUUCUCUGAAACCAGAGGACCUGGCUGAUUUCUCUAAUGCACUUGGCAUCUUGUUGAUUAAAGACACUGUUUUGAGGGAGGUGCGCCCUGGCACAUUCAAUUCCAUUGUGAAUGUAGGUGCCUUGGGGUUAACUAGCACUGGACUGCAAGAUCUUCCUGAAGCAUUGUUCCAAAAUCUUCAAAAGCUUGAGUCUCUGAAUCUGAGGAGCAACAAACUCCUGGUACUCCGCCCUAACUGGUUUUCCACAGUGAUAUAUCUGAAGUUGCUUGACCUCAGAGAGAACUUAUUCACUUCUGUACCUGUGGAAACUUUUCACCCUCUAACUGAGCUACAGUACCUUUAUCUCUCUGGAAACAACAUCAGUCAACUGUCUAGAGAAACAUUCAAAGGUCUUUCUAAGCUUAAAAUCUUGCGGGUCAACAAAAACUCACUAAAGGAACUCCCCAUUGGCAGUUUGGAUGACCUUGAAAACCUGGAGGAACUAUCCCUAAAUGACAAUCUAAUCACUCACCUCCACCAUAACCUUUUCUCUAAGACUGUGAAUCUCCAGAAGGUGUUCCUCUCUCACAAUAGGCUUACAUCUCUUCCACAAGGAAUAUUCUUAAACCUGCCCCUCCUUUCCCAGAUCUCACUGUAUGAAAACCAGCUGGAGAGUCUGGGUCCAGGAGUGUUUGGGCCCAUGGCCCUGAAGGAGUUGUGGCUGUAUGACAACAAGCUGAGCCGUGUAGAGGGUGACACGUUCAGAAACCUGACUCAGCUCCAUCUCCUGGUGCUGAGUCGCAACCAGAUCAGCUAUGUUGCCACUGGGGCCUUCAGAGGGUUGGAGCAGCUGGGAGAGAUAUCACUUCACACCAAUCAGCUCACAAACCUGCAAGCUGGGACUUUCCAGGGUCUGCCCAGCCUGGUCAAUAUUUCCUUGGAGCACAACUUCAUCAGCUCCCUCCCUUUGGGUUUUCUGCAGGGCGUGAGCCACCUUGGACAGAUAGAUCUGCGAAACAAUUCCCUGUUCAACCUGCCACAGGAAAGUCUAGAUGCGCUCAACGUUGCAGAGGAAGUACUCCUACAGCAGAACCCCUGGAGGUGUGACAGGGAUAUUCUGCCUCUUAGGGAUUGGCUGAGACAGCACCCAUCCAAGGCCAACCAAACCCUUUUGGUGUGUGAAAUACCUUCCACUCUGAAUGGUGACAUGAUUGCUCUGCUGACAAAUGAGAACCUGAUGGCUCUCAGCUCUACUGAGGAGCCUGUGUUGACCUCAACGGAGAAGCGGAGGAAACCCCAUACCCCUCCAACAAGACGAAGCACCUCCUCACCUGCUGUCAAGACCACAGCCACCUCAGAGCACGAGGAGGUCACCAGCAGUGGAGGAGGGGAAAAGGAAACGGUUUCUCACAAUACUGCAAUCAGCCUCAUCAUCAUCGCAGUAGUGUCCACUGUCAUCAUCAGCACUGUCAUCAUCAGCUGUGUGUGCUGGAGGAAGAACAAGAGAGGCAGGGGAAAUAUAGGGCGUAGAAAUAAGAACUCUGUGCUUUAGACUAAACCAUCCAACAUCAGUAACCCAAGAACUUUUAAAGACAAGAGAAACUGCUUGCUGAUUACUGUGGUUUACUUGGAAAAUCUGGAGCAUAGAGUUCAUUUUAGAGCCUCAAGGGCAUAGAAAGAACCACUUCAGCUCCUUCUUCUUCAGCUAGAACAAACAAGUAAACAGAUUUCCUCUUGAAUUCAUUAGUGUUGAGUUUUUAACAAUCAAAUUUACCAGUCAGUACUAUGUGCUGUAAAAAGAGGACGGACAUCUCACACACUAACUGUAAAAACACCCACCUUGUCAUUUUGUGGGAAACUGGGACCUUUUGAUGAAUGUAAACUCAAAUGCACUGAAACAGUAUACUUCUUUUAGUUAAAAUUAAGACUACACUUGGUUUUCUGUUCAAUGAUUUUUCAUUUUUCAACUUUAAUUACUGCAGUUUGAAAAUGACAUUUUGUUCUAACAACAUUUAGGGAACAGUUUUACUUUUUUUUGCAAAAGGGCUAUGAACACAAAUUCAAUGAUGGAAUUUUUACUCAACUGUAACACAAUUCAAUGCAAAAUGCUACUAUACAUUGAAUAAAUGCACUGCUUUUAGUGGAAGAAAUCUUA